AUGAGCGUCAGAUGUUCCCAACUAAGUUACUUACGCGGUACGUGCACCACAGCCAGAACAACUGACACUACCACAGACACCAGGGAGAUAGCCACAGACACCAGGGAGGCACCCACAGACACCAGGGAGAUAGCCACAGACACCAGGGAGAUAGCCACAGACACCAGGGAGGCACCCACAGACACCAGGGAGGCACCCACAGACACCAGGGAGGCACCCACAGACACCAGGGAGAUAGCCACAGACACCAGGGAGGCAUUCACGGACACCAGGGAGACACCCACAGACACCAGGGAGACACCCACAGACACCAGGGUGGCACCCACAGACACCAGAGAGACAGUCACAGACCAGGGAGGUACCCACACAAAGAUCACUUCACUAAGUGAUGACCCGAGGACUGGCUGCCUCACAUCUGCGAGUUAA